AAGGCGGGCAGUGCCAGCGCCGCUCCGCCCGGCGCGGGGUUCUCCGCCCCCGCCGACUUCGUCCAUUUGAAAAAGCACAAGGCAGCGUUGGCCGCGGCGCAGUUUAAAAGUAGUAACGCCAGCGAGACGGAGUCCAGCUCUGUGAAAAAUCAGACGUUUUCGACCUCUCUCUCCCUAGACAGUGCUAUCGUCUGUAAUACAAUAAACAAAGCGAACUCUGUAGGCAGUGGGCAAACUUCCCAGACGAGUCAGCCAAACUACCACACUAAACUGAAAAAGGCUUGGCUCACAAGACAUUCGGAGGAAGAUAAAAACACUAAUAAAAAAGAGAAUUCAGGGAACAGCGUUGCAGAAAUUAUUAAGCCAUGUACUGUCAAUUUAAUAGCUUCUACAUCGAAUGAUUUGCAAAACAGCAUAGACGGUAAAAUCUUGGCGGAUAAGUUUGUGAAGGAAGAUAAGCACCCUAGGAGAAAAGCAAAACGAACUUACGAGUCUGGCUCUGAAAGCGGAGACUCCGAUGAAAGCGAGAGCAAGUCAGAGCAAAGGACUAAACGGCAGCCCAAGCCAACUUACAAAAAGAAACAAAAUGAUUUGCAGAAAAAAAAGGGUGAUGCGGAGGAAGAAGUAAAGCCGAACGGUGUUCUUAGCAGGAGUGCCAAAGAAAAAAGCAAGCUGAAGUUGCAGAGCAGCGGUAACAGCACUGGUAUACCUCGCUCAGUGUUAAAAGAUUGGCGCAAAGUAAAGAAGCUGAAGCAAACAGGAGAGUCCUUUUUGCAGGAUGAUUCUUGCUCUGAAAUAGGACCAAAUUUGCAAAAAUGCAGAGAAUGUAGGUUAAUAAGAAGUAAGAAGGGAGAAGAACCAACUCACUCGCCAGUAUUUUGUAGAUUUUACUACUUCCGGCGGUUGUCUUUUAGUAAGAAUGGAGUGGUUAGGAUAGAUGGUUUCUCAUCUCCUGAUCAAUAUGAUGAUGAAGCCCUGAGUUUAUGGACACAUGAGAACUAUGAAGAUGAUGAACUGGACCUAGAAACAUCUAAAUACAUCCUAGAUAUCAUAGGUGAUAAGUUUUGUCAGUUGGUAACGUCUGAAAAAACAGCCAUGUCCUGGGUGAAAAAAGACGCCAAAAUUGCAUGGAAGAGAGCAGUGAGAGGAGUCCGUGAGAUGUGCGAUGCGUGUGAAGCCACAUUAUUUAACAUUCACUGGGUCUGCCAAAAAUGUGGAUUUGUGGUCUGCCUAGAUUGUUACAAGGCAAAGGAAAGAAAAAGUUCUAGAGAUAAGGAAUUAUAUGCCUGGAUGAAGUGUGUGAAGGGCCAGCCUCAUGACCACAAACACCUGAUGCCAACACAGAUUAUUCCAGGCUCUGUUUUGACAGAUCUUUUAGAUGCUAUGCACAGUAUUAGAGAAAAAUUUGAAAUUAAAUCCCAUUGUCAGUGUACCAGCAAGCAGAGCACACAAGCUGGCAAGCUCCCUGCAAUGAAUGGUGUGUCCCAGGUUUUGCAGAAUGUCCUUAACCACAGUAAUAAAAUUUCUCUGUGCAUGCCUGAGUCUCAACAGCAGAUCCCCCCUCAAAAGUCUGAGACGAAUGGUAACACAAGUCCAAGAAGUGAUGUAAGCACAGACAGCAAGUUAACACCCCCUGAAUCCCAAUCACCACUGCAUUGGUUAGCUGAUCUUGCAGAGCAGAAAGCCAGAGAAGAAAAGAAAGAGAACAAAGAAUGUCCUGGAAAACAUUCAAGGGAGGAGAAAGACCAGGAUAAUUCAGAGUCCCAAAACUGCAAAAGCUCCCCUCCUGCAUCCCAGAACAACGAGCAGGGCUCAACCUUACGGGAUUUAUUAACUACGACAGCAGGCAAACUGCGUCUAGGUUCUACAGAUGCUGGUAUUGCUUUUGCUCCAGUUUACUCUACAGGAACAGCAAGUGGCAAGAGUGGAAGGACUAUGCCAAACAUUCUUGAUGAUAUAAUUGCUUCAGUAGUAGAAAACAAGAUUCCACCAAAUAGAGCACCAAAGAUAAAUGUAAACUCUGAAAUAAAAGAUGAGCCAAAGGAUGAUAGAAAAAGUAUUCAGGAUGACUGCAGUAAACGGUACAGUGAUAUUCAGUAUUCGUGGAUCUGUGACAAGCAUGUUUUGUGGCUCAGAGACCAUGAGAACAACAACAACUGGAAGCUCUUCAAAGAGUGCUGGAAACAAGGAAGGCCUGUUUUAGUGUCCGGUAUGCAUAAGAAAAUGAACUUCAGCCUGUGGAAAGCUGAGUCAAUUAGUCUAGAUUUUGGGAACCAGCAAGCUGAUAUCUUGAAUUGCAAAGACAGUAUUAUUUCAAACACCAAUGUCAAGGAUUUCUGGGAUGGUUUUGAAGAUGUUUCAAAACGGCAGAAAGUGAAAAAUGGGGAAACAGCUCUACUGAAACUGAAAGACUGGCCUUCUGGUGAAGAUUUCAAGGCUAUGAUGCCAGCAAGGUAUGAUGACUUGUUAAAAAGUUUACCCUUACCUGAAUAUUGUAGUCCAGAAGGAAAGCUAAACCUGGCUUCUCAUCUGCCAGGAUUUUUUGUCCGUCCGGAUUUGGGACCCAGACUGUGCAGUGCAUAUGGUGUAGCUGCUACUAAAGACCAUGAUGUAGGCACCACGAAUCUCCAUAUUGAAGUCUCCGAUGUCGUGAACAUCCUCGUUUAUGUUGGCAUAGCAAAAGGAAAUGGAGUCCUUUCCAAAUCAGGAGUUUUGAAGAAGUUUGAAGAGGAGGAUUUGGAUGACCUUCUAAGGAAGCGGUUGAAAGACUCGAGUGAAUUACCUGGUGCUUUAUGGCACAUUUAUGCUGGCAAAGAUGCUGACAAGAUAAGGGAGUUUCUGCAAAAGAUUGCAAAAGAGCAAGGCUUAGAAGUUUUACCAGAGCAUGAUCCAAUACGUGAUCAGAGUUGGUAUGUGAACAAAAAACUUCGCCAAAGACUUCUGGAAGAAUACGGAGUGAAAACCUGCACGGUCAUCCAGUUCCUGGGCGACGCCAUCAUUCUGCCAGCAGGAGCACUUCACCAGGUGCAAAAUUUUCACAGCUGCGUUCAAGUAACUGAAGACUUUGUGUCUCCAGAACAUCUUGUGCAGUCGUUUCACUUAACGCAGGAGCUGAGGCUGUCAAAGGAAGAAAUCAAUUACGAUGAUAAACUGCAGGUUAAAAAUAUCUUGUACCACGCAGUGAAAGAGAUGGUGCGAGCUUUGAAGAUCCAUGAAGGUGAAAUGGAAGACAUGGAUGAGAACUAAGCGCGCCCUGCUCUUUCUGUGUUGACAUCAGAUGGUUAUUUUUUCUACUAUAUGAACGGUAUGCACACUAAUUUAAGCUUCACCAACCAUCAGUGCCAAGAAAACGUAGUCAUCGUAUUUACUUGUUAAUGACACUGCAGCGGUAGAGCUUCAUAUCACAGCCACUGUGAUUCCAUGUUAGACUUGCAAACAAGCAGCGUUCUGCUGUCCUGUAUUAUAAUGUACAUGAAGUUUGUGAAAUGUCAAAGAUUUAAGAUGAUGUAUUUAUUUUUGGAAAAAAACCACAAAAUUCUAUGCUAUAUUGUUGAUCAAAUGUAAAUGUGACUUGUACAGUUUGCUAAAAUAAUUCAAGAUAUUUUUCACUACAUUGAGACAGUUACUGUGAGAGUAGGACACAAACACCAGCUAUUGCCUGCAUUUGGGAUCUUGCUGAGUCCGCACAGCAGUCAUGUCAUAAUCUGAAAAUUACUGCCAAAUAAUUGUAAACUUUGUAAAAUAUAAAGUAUAUAAAGUAGAUAUUAAAUACAGACACUUCAGUAUUUUAUUGAAGCUAUUCAGUGUACAAUUAAACGUUUUCAAAAGGUGUAAUUUAUUUAAAAAUUGUCUCAUUUUGGUAAAAUUUAUGUGAACUUUUAAAGCUAAAUAUUAAACUUAAUAUGCUAUGUAAAUAUAUACAUAUAUACAUUCAAUGAUGUAUUUUUUUAAAACAUUGGCUUGCUUUAAUUUGUUAAAAGUGCAAGUGUUACACAUGCUUUGUACAUUGAAGUUGAAAGGGGUUUUACAUUUUCCAUUAAAAUGACUUUA